AUGAUUUGCUUCCGCACAGUUUUCAUUUUGAUUCUCGGUGUGGUGAUAGGCACGACGAAACGGCACAAUAUGAGAAGGCAUAUCAAAAGUGAUAGAAGUUGUGAGGAACCGCCGAAUUUGAGAGAAGAGCUUGCCACGUGGAUGCAGAUAUCAAUAGGUGGCCAGUUUGAUGAUACUGCACUCGAAGAAUGGAGUUCCAAUGGGAAGGAGCCGGAGAUUUGUGAAAAGUCACCGAGAGCUGAAGGCAGUUCAACGAUAAUGGAGAGAGCGUUGUGCCCGUGGGAGAGUAGAGUGAACUACCAAGAGAGCCGUGAGCCAAAACUAAUCGCUGAAUCCGUGUGCCUCUGCCGUAAAAGUCGAGGAUCCACUGGAGCAUUCUGUAUGCCAAUCGUCCGGAAUGUUCCAAUUCUCCGUCGAAUUUCCUGUGACAAGACAACUGGUCUAUGGAAUUAUGUACGCUCUACCGAAAUGAUUACUGUAGGAUGCCACUCUGUUCUUCCAAGAACUCAACGCGCCGCCCGUCUUGCCAAUUUGUCUUCCGCCCGUGGUGUAGCUGUCUAG